AUGUCGUCGGUAGACCAGCUCUUUGAUGACUACUCGGGCAAGACGGUGCCCUAUUCCUUCCAUGCGGGCUUCGUAUGUCUCAGCUAUGCCGUCAGUCUAGUUGGUGCCGGCUCGACGCUGGAGCUGAUGAGAAGGAGAACGUCGCACAAGGGUCUUCACAACUUCGUCUUGUUGGCCGGUGCAGCCAUGUGCAUGGGUGGAAUUGCCAUCUGGUCCAUGCACUUCAUCGGAAACCGAGCCCUCUUCAUAUUUGAUGGCCAGUCAGAUCUCCAGGUCGCCUACUCAACCGGAUUAACAGUAGCCUCCUUGUUUGUGCCCAUCCUCGUUCUGCUCCUCGCCUUUCUUGCCGUCACAAACAAUGACCAUGUGCAAUGGUGGAAGAUCUCCCUGGCCGGCGUCCUGUCCGGAGGAGCCAUCUGCGGCAUGCAUUACCUUGGAAACGCUUCCAUCAGCAACUACCGAUGCGCUUAUUCGGUCGCCUAUGUUAUCGGCGCCGCCAUCAUCGCAGUCAGCGCCAGCACAGCCGCCCUCGCUGUCUUCUUCGUCUUCGAGUCUAGUUGGAAAACCGCUUGGUGGAGGCGAGUCCUCUGCGCUGCCGUGCUCGCAGGUGCCGUCUCGGGCAUGCAUUGGUGCGCCGCUGUCGGCACGCAAUACACCUUGGUUGGUCAGCGUACUGGUAGUGGAAUGUCUCGAGACACGACCAUCAUCAUUGUUAUCUGCCUGGCCAUCGCAGCCUUCGUCGUCACGGGCGCCUGCGCUGUGUAUUCCAUCAUCAUCAAGAGAAGCUACGCAAACAGAGCUCAGCAGGUCGUUCUUGGUGCGGCAGUCUUUGACAAGCGUGGCCGCAUUCUCGUCACGAAGGAAGGUCUGCUUCCGACAGAACUUGUGACUGAAUCUCUCCUGCUCCGGUCCAACGACGAAAUUUUCGACACCAACCAUCCCCUGUUCCACUGGGCCUACCGCGCAUCCAGAAACUGGUCGAGCGUCUCGAAUCUCAUCAGCCGCAUGGCUGUCCACGUCAGCCAGCUGGCUCGACAGCGGUACAGCAGCAGCGCCAACCUCAUGCAAGAAGACGGAAGUCCCAUCCCCGAUUACGAUGUUGUCUGCUGCCAGCUAUUCAGUCUUGCGGCCGCGUCCCUCGCCGCCAAGCUGAGAGUCAACCUCGCCGAGGUUGGUGUUCUAUGGGAUGAGAUCUUCGCCACAGGCCAAACACGUCCUGGAAUGGAAGGAUACAACGGCGAGGACAAGGCGCUGGGAACUACCAGCAAGCACACCUCUAAGAUGGCGGACUCGGACUCGCUGGCGGAGAAGGCCGAAGUCUCUCGUCUCGAGUACGGCCGCGGCUCGCUGAUGGUGUUGGUCCAGCACGUCCCUAGUCGACAUGUCGCCGAGCAGCUUGAAUCUGCUGGAUAUCGUUUCGCCGAGCUGGACCAGGUCGUCGGCUUCAUGCGAUCCAGCAUGCAGAUUAAGACGCCGGAUCUCGGACUGCGCCUGCGACAGAUGGCUGCUCUCGACGAGAGCGAGACAGCCCUGGCCCCCGGCGUCCACGUCGGCGCCUUUGCCAUCCGCGCCCGCGUCGACCACACCGGCUUCGACGUGCUGGUCCGGCGCCGCGGGCGGGACCUGCUCCCGACCGUGCCUCUGCCUCUCCAGCAGCUCGAGCAGCGCCACAUUGGCUACCUCAACCACCUUCAGAACCAGACCAUGGCCGUCGUCGCGGACCGGCUCGCCUCGUCCGUCUCGCAGCACUCGGACCUCGGCAAGUUCGCGGCCACGCUGCUCGAGGGCAUCAAGGAGCUGCGCAGCACCUUUGAGGACGACGGCACCUUUGACAGCGCGCUGCUGAUGCAGCACCCGAUCAAGAUCCCCUACCACGGCCGCGAUCGCGCGUCGCUGUCCCUCAGCGCCACCGUCAUCAUGUUCCAGCUCGUGCUGCCCAUCCACAACGUCAUCCACAUCCCCAAGUGCACCUUCAUCCCGCUCCGCUUCUUCAAGGUCAAGCAGCUCGCGCAGGAGAACGCGCCGCACCACCUCGACUUCUCCCACGCCGUCCACCGGGACAUGUCCUCGGUGCUGCAGGGCAGCCCGAGCAACCCGCUGCGCGACGUGCUCGAGCGCUUCAAGCAAAAGACAAGGGACACCCUGCCCAUCUCGUCGUCGGCGCCGGCGGCGUCCAAGUCGGGCAAGCGCGGUCGCGGCCGCGGCGGGAUGCGCGGCGGCCCGGGCGAGCGCUCGACGAGCCAGUCGCGCCUCUCCCCCGGCAAGCUUGAGGACAACACCUCCCUCAACGCGCUCAGCGACGUCUACAGCGAGUCCGAGGCCAACGGCUCGUCCAUCCACGACGGCGGCGCCGCGCAGCCCCGCGCCUCGGACGUGGAGAUGGCCUCCCUCAACAUCCCGCCGCCGCUGUCCUCGCCCACCAAGACCUUUGGCGGCAUCAUGGUCUCGCAGGAGAUCGUCGUCGAGACCGCCGAGCUGCCCGGCAACCUCCCGCCGUAUAGCUCUGGCCGGCGCAAGUCCGGCGUCGCCGUGACCAUCUCGCACAGCCACCAGCCCGACACCAUCACGUCGAGCGACUCGCGGAGCACCGCGCAGGACAGCACGGCGGACCUGCAGAUCACGGAUUCGCGCGUGCCGCCGCAGCGGGACGUCUUCUCACACUCGCGGCACGCGGCGGACGCGUUCCGCGCGGAGCAGAACGGCGAGAGGCAGGGCGCCAUCUACGUGGACGAGCUGCUGUCGCUGUGCAUGCGCAAGCAGGUGAUUAUCUGA